CGCUUUCUAGAUGUCAAUAUGAUGAAUACUUUGAGACACGAUAAAAAUCAAUCAUCAAGCUGUAUAGUGUGCCAAAAACCGGUGCGAUUUAUAUGUCCAUGUUUACGACGACACUUCUGCAGUCUCCAAUGCCAGAAUCACGACUGGAAUGAAGGAGAGCAUUAUGCCAACUGCGAUUAUGAAGACUCAACACAAAUCGCCGAUUCCCACGGACCAAUAGGGAAUCGUUUCAAGAGCUCUUGCAACCCAAUUACUGACCAAAGGAUGCUGAACAAUAGCUGUUCAAAUCGUGAGAUGCACAGUAGCCUUGCCAACGGUUGCGUUCGAAACCGAGUAGAGGCUUAUAAGUGGCCGAAAGGUGGCACAACAAAAACAUGUAGCUGUACAACGAAUGCAGCACCACCCGGAGUAAACAAUGUGUAUGGUAUUUAUGGACAGAUUGUCCUUCACGCAAGUCGGGGUAUGGCAGGUAGUAGAGAAGUACGUGAAGUACCGCAAAACAACAGCAAGAAUCCGAGUUAUGAGCAGUGUUGUGUCGAUUAUAGAUAUGGUGAACGACCCCGACAGGGCAACUCUCCGAGGAAAAUGUUGUCUCCAUCUAGACCUCAAGCUGACGUACGAGGUGAAAAUUUUGCAAAUAGUCUACCUCCAGGGUACGGGAAAGUUGUCGAUAGACUACCGACAGGGUACGAAUCUGAAUCACAUACUUUACCCGACAGCUUGCCCCCGGGUUAUGAAAGGAAUUCUGGCUGGGGUAGUAGCAAUAACGACCAAUCGCAGACACCAUCAGAAUGUGAGAUGCACUACAGUGACAGCGUCGUACAAUCGGCUCAAAGUGAAUCGCAUAGCCCAAGUGGCACCCAAAAACCACGGGCGUGCACCUGGAAAGGAUGCAAGAAGACCUUUUUACGCUCAGAUCACUACAAUAGACACUUAAACACACAUACGGGUUACAAGCCAUACCAUUGCACUUGGCAAGGAUGCGGGAAAAGUUUCAGCCAAGCCAGCAAUUUGAGCAGACAUAUAAAGACGCACACCAACGAAAGACCUUAUGCCUGUGCGUGGGAAGGAUGCGACAAGCGAUUUAGUGAAGGAAGCAAUCUGGCCAGACAUUAUCGCUUGCAUUCCGGGCAGAGACCAUACCCUUGUAUGUGGAAGGGAUGCAACAAGGCGUUCGCAGAUCGGAGUUAUCGCACUGCACAUGAGAAGACUCACUCUCGGUCUGAGGUGUUUAUGUGCACUAUUCAAGGCUGUAACAGGACAUAUUCUACGAAGAGUUACCUCAGAAGACAUAUCAAAUCACAUUCGUCCGAGCUUUCCAGUCUGCCCGCUCAAUAACCCACGUUAUUUUUUCUAAAACCCGAAAGUGUGGGUGAGUACAAAUGGCAGAAAGGAUGAGGAGACCCAACAGUGGAUGAGCCUUCUCCAGUCAAGUUAAAAUUUAAGUACUCGCAGAUAGUCGCAGCGACAAAGUAAUAAAAAACAGCAGUCG